AUGAAAACGGACCCUGCUGCAACAAUUCCAACACGUAGAAUCACAGGAGUUGCAGGGUAUGAUUUAACUCUCAUCCAUACUCAUAUUAUUGAAGCAAGUGAAUGCGAGAUGGUACCUACUAGCUUAGCGUUCGUAAUACCUGACGGAUACUAUGGAAGAAUAGCCCCACAAUCUGGAGCUGCACGGCACAAAGGUAUACAGAUUGGGGCAGGGGUCGUAGACAAUGAUUUUCGAGGUGAAGUAAAAAUCCUUGUUUUUAAUAUGACAUAUGGAAAUCUAGUGUUAAACAAAGGGGAAGCAAUUGUGCGGUUAAUCUUAGAAAGAAUAUCCACUCUUGAAGUCAUCCAAGUCGUAGACCUGCUGAAGACUAUCAGAGGAGACAAUGGUUUCGGAUCUACUACUGCAGAUAACCAGAUAACCCGCACCAAUUCUCCCCUGUCGGUCCACCAGAAAAUUGAACUCGCGAUCGGUACCCUCGAAUGGGAAAAACUAAUGGAUGCACUCCUACCAAAGAUAAGCGACAACAACUUUGCAUCAGGCAACCAUCGGCAAUUACACUUCCUCACAACCGACGACGAAUGGCUUAAUCCAUUCUAUAGUACGGAAGGUGGUGGGUAUAAGUGCACUUCCACUUCCUUUUACUCAGCUGAAUUAGAUAUUUUUUAUGAGUAG